UUGUUUUCGACUUUCGUCAUUUUGGUGAUUAUCUUCACGAAAAAAUGAAGAUUUUCAUUCAUAAAUCGCGUAAAUUGUGUUAUAAUUAUUGUAAUUCGGUAUCAAAUGGUGUAUAAUAUUUCAAUAGUUUAAAUCGCGAAUCGCUGAACGGACUUGUUUCUACGGUAAAGUUGUUUUGUUUACGUCGUUUCAACAUCCCACCUGAGGAAUGUUUUUCCCCUUUAAUUAAGCGUUGUUACCUGAAUAACAUCAAAAUUUCGCCAAUUUUCGUCUUCGAUUAUGAUUUUAUUUGUAAAUAAUCGUAUACUAAGUAUCCCUGUGAUUCGAUGUGAUCGCUUAUGAUAAAUUAGUUUCGCGACUUGGUUCGAGUUUCGGUGUUGCUGGGAGACCCUUCAGGUCGUACGACUGUCGACACAGAAAAUGGCUUUUAACGAGAAAGUGGAUCCGGAGUUGAUAUUCACGAAACAAGAGCGUAUAGGCAAAGGCUCUUUUGGCGAGGUGUUCAAAGGCAUCGACAAUCGUACCCAUCAAGUAGUUGCCAUUAAAAUAAUAGACUUAGAAGAAGCGGAAGAUGAAAUCGAAGAUAUACAGCAAGAAAUCAUGGUGUUAUCUCAGUGCGACAGUCCGUACGUCACCAAGUAUUACGGAUCUUACCUUAAGGGCACGAAAUUAUGGAUCAUUAUGGAGUACCUCGGAGGUGGUUCGGCUUUGGAUUUGAUGAAAGCCGGAAAUUUCGAGGAAAUGCAUAUUGCCAUUAUUUUAAGAGAAGUCCUCAAAGGUUUAGAUUAUUUACACAGCGAACGAAAACUGCAUAGAGAUAUUAAGGCUGCUAAUGUGCUUCUAAGCGAAUUGGGAGAUGUAAAAUUGGCAGAUUUUGGCGUAGCUGGACAGUUAACCAAUACCACCAGUAAACGUAAUACUUUUGUCGGUACACCAUUUUGGAUGGCGCCUGAAGUCAUCAAACAAUCCGCUUACGAUUCAAAGGCUGAUAUCUGGUCAUUAGGAAUAACGGCGAUCGAGCUGGCCAAAGGAGAGCCGCCUAAUUCAGAAAUGCAUCCGAUGCGCGUGCUGUUUCUAAUACCAAAGAAUAAUCCUCCGCAGUUAGUCGGCAACUAUACCAAGCAAUUUAAAGAAUUCGUCGAAGCGUGCUUGAAUAAAGAUCCGGAAAAUAGACCUACGGCUAAGGAAUUGCUCAAGUUUCCGUUUAUACGAAAAGCUAAGAAGAAUUCGUACUUAAUCGAUCUUAUCGACAGGUAUAAGAAGUGGAAAUCGCAGAGGAAUGAAGAAAGUGAAACCGAAUCCGAGAAUUCCGAUAAUGAAGAAAAUGGCAAAGGUGAUGACGAUUUAGACGAACCGUGGAUAAUGACGGUGAAAAGUACCAGUUGCCUGAAACCACCUCCCGCCUCAUCAGACGGUAAUCAUAAUUUCGGCAGCGGCGGCGGAGUCGGAUCCAGCGCCGUAGUCGUCGUCGGAGGUGGUGGCGGUGGCCCUGGCGGAGGUUCGAAUAAGAAAUCGCAACAGCAGCAAAACGGAUCAGCUCCUUCGACGCCAUCUUUACCAAAAAGCUCCCCUAUUAAGGCCGACAUGGGUUCGAAUCAUUUCAAAAACGAUAAAAGUAACGCUGUGAGAGGAUACUCGUCGAGCACUCCAGCCUCGCCUCAUAUCACCGAGAAAAGACUUUCCAAAGAGUGCGAACUGAAACGGAAUUCCAUCGAGACCGAAUACGUUACGGCAGCCGAUAACAGGAAACAUAAUCGUAACCGUAGCAGCUCUUCUUCCAAAUCGACGACGGCUACUAGAUCGGCCAGCUUGUCUUUGCUGAUUUAUCCGCUCGUAUCUGAGAUCCAAAGACGACAAUACCACAGUCAGGAGCUAACCUCGACCAAGCAAGACAUCAUCGAAGAAGUGAAAAACGCUUUCGAAUUAGCCGAACGUUCGAGUCCAGGCAUCAGCGAUCAAUUCGUGCACGACAUAAUCCAUAAAUUGUUACCCAACAUGUCCGAGCAACGUAUUAAUAACGUAUUGGAUAAAAUAACCAGAUAAAGGAAACAAUAGCAACGAGGGCGGCGUCUGCCUUCAUUAGCCAAAAUUUCAGAGCUUCGGGGACGUCAACUCUGAACCAAGCUAUUGUGUAUUUGUUGACUGAAACUAAUAGUUCUCGCCGAAUAAACUGCUGGAGUCUCUCAAGAGGAGAGACCGCGUCUUUACUCUUCUCUUCUCAUAUAAAUAAUUAGGUCUAUAAUUUUUAUCUAGAAGGUAGCCCGAUUUUCUAUCUUAAAAUAUCCUAUUUAUUACUCUGCCCUUAUCCUUUCUUUAGGCCAUAUUUUGCAAGGAAGGUUGAGUCAGUGUCGCCAUCUAGUUCAGAAAUCGUGUUUCGCGGAGUUGUGGGGUUUUUGAAAUUCGAAUCGACCGGAUCUAGGGAGAGAAGAGGAGAGAUGUGCUCGUAUUUUUAGAUCGGUGGUUUUUUCCUCCUCGCAUUUGCAAUCGGUUUCGAUUGAAAACGACCUAUCGUGAUCGUUUGUGUUGCCUCACAGUAUAGUGGAAUUUUAUUUAAAAAGGACUCCUUUUGUGGAGUGAUUUUCUCUGUAGAGUUCAUCAUUCGGAGAGUGUAAUUGGUAUCCCUCUCCUGUCUCCUUAUACAUUAUUGUAAUCGUUGCAUGUUGCCCCUUCCCCUCGUCGGUUUUUCUUUCUCUUUGUAUGUAUUUAUGUGAUAUGUAAUUUUUUUUUUGUUUAGUUGUUAAAUAGUCUAUUACUAUAUAAACUUUACUCGUAGGGAAAGCGAGACAGAGGGAGAGAAAAAUAGAUAGAGAAGCGUGGUAUGUGUAGUAUUAUAUAAUAUGGCAUUUAGCUGGUAAUUAUUAUCUACCUUACUACGUACUAAUUAAAGUGCCCAAGUAGCACAGCAACCGGAGAAGGUGACAGCGUUGACGCCAUAUUAUCUAUUGUAUUUUUUAUUUAGUCAUUUAAAAGAGAAAAAAAUUUUAAAAAUGGCAUCAGUAUUUUUUCGGGGGGGUUUGAAUAAACAUAUUUGUAAUGUGAUGGUUUAAAAAUGGCACUAAGGGUUGGAAAUUCCAAUAAAUCAAUACUUACCUGCGACCAUUAAGUCUGGUAAACUGGGACUGAUAACCUUAUAUUUUUUUUCGCUCUUUUUUUCUUCGAAUUGACAAUAAAUUAUGAGGUCUCUGCAGGAAAGAAUUUUAUCUAAUAUUAGAUUACCCAGUAUAUUUCAUAUUUGUUUGUGUAUUUUGUGGGAACCCAGUGACCGAAUAAGGUACCGCAGAGAAGAUUGAUACGUGUCAUUUUAUUAUAAUAUGUGUUUUCCCCGUUUGGUCGUGUUUUGUUUUUUUGUUUUUUAGUUAUUCGUUUUUUUUUUCAUUUUAACCUUUUUUUUUCUUUUGGAAAAGAAGAGCAUCGUGUUAGACGAUUGUAUUUUGUAGAAAGAUGUAUAGUGGACUGGUUUUUCUCAAAGUCUGAAAUGGAAAUUGGGUAUUUGUUUAAGGGUAUUUAAUGAAUACAAAAAAAAGUGUGCGCGUUGUUUUGUGAAAUUUUUUUGUUAAAGUUUUACGUCUUUAUUGUUGUUGAUAGAUUUUAGAAACGAUUUGUGAUGUUUUUAAUAUUUACUAUAAUGUAUUAAGGAACUAUGUAAUAGUAUCCUGAUAUCACGGAUUUACCACCUUUGUGCUUAUUGGUUUUUUUCUCUCUUUUUUUCUUUUUAUUAUUUUUUUUUUCUUUUUUUUUGUGUACUGAAUUUAUAUAGGUAUGACAUAAAUGUGUAAAGUAAACCGCUGUAAUAAAUACACUCUAAUUUCAUGUG